ACCUACACAAUGGCUGGCAAGUGGAUCAGGCCAUCCUCUCGGAAGAAGACCGCGUGGUCGUCAUUCGGUUUGGACACGACUGGGACCCUACUUGUAUGAAGAUGGACGAGGUUCUGUACAGCAUAGCUGAAAAGAAACGGCAGAUAAUGGGGGAUCUUCCUCGUCUUGUUGCGAGCCCUGUUUGGAUACCCCAGCUGUUUUAAAAAAUAAAAUAUGUCUGCUUAGCGAAAUUGGAUGUGGGCAGAACCUUAAAAACCAGCGGGGCACUUUUGCCAGGAAGCAGUUCCGCCAGCGCGUGGCUGUGCUUGCCCGGUCCUCCGCCUCAGUGGCCCCUGCGGCCACGUGAACACGUGGUGCUCGGCUCCCUCUCUCCGCCUCCUGCAGGUUAAAAAUUUCGCAGUUAUUUAUCUUGUGGAUAUUACAGAAGUACCUGACUUCAACAAAAUGUAUGAAUUAUACGAUCCGUGCACUGUCAUGUUUUUCUUCAGGAACAAGCACAUCAUGAUCGACCUGGGCACCGGCAACAACAACAAGAUCAACUGGGCCAUGGAAGACAAGCAGGAGAUGAUCGACAUCAUCGAGACAGUGUACCGGGGGGCCCGGAAGGGUCGCGGCCUGGUCGUGUCCCCGAAGGACUACUCCACCAAGUACAGAUACUGAGCCCUCGCCCAGCCCUGGUGCAUGUGGUGCCGCGGAGUCGUUCUCACGUGGAGAUAUUUUCAACUAUUUAAAGCCUUUGAGAAAGCGUUUGGGGAAGUACACAUAGCUCAAGGAGCUGGAGGGUUUUGCAGUGAGGGUGGCAUUGCCCCAACUUUCGGUCUGCCUGGUCCUUGUAUUUUUGUAUCAGCAAAUAUCUGUAAAUAUCUAGCUGAAAUAAAUAAAAUACAUGGUGAUGGGAA